CUGUGCUAGAUUCGAAAUGUUUCAGACUUUGCAAAAUAUUUUGUUGGUUUGCAUGUUGUUUCCUCUCGAACAAUCUUUAUGCGCCAGAAGUCUUCAUCGUGAUUCUAAAUUUCGUGUCGCUUCGUUUAUCGACCAUGUUUUUCACGUUCUUGAUGUACUGGAGCUUGAAUCCAGGCUUGUCAGGGAUCGAAUAGAUUGUCAGCUUCACUGUUUAGAAGAUCAGCGAUGUUUUUCAACAAACCUUGCUACUAAACCUGAUAUCAAUAGUCGUUAUGUUUGUAAGCUGCUUCCCACGGACAAGUAUAACGCUUCUGACAGCUUUAGACCAAGUCCACGCUUCCAUCACUACAGUGUAAAGGUAUACAGCUGUCGAGCCCUAUAUCAACUGAAUGAUUUCUGGUGCGGCGAUUGUCAUCCAAAUUACUCCGGCAGUUAUUGUGAAAAAUGGCUGGUUGAAAUACCGUACCAUGUUUGCAUGUACGGAAAAGGCGAUAUGCCAGGAGUGUUUUUCACUCUCUUGGCCGGUAAAAUCUACUCUAUCAGGUUGGUACACAUUUCUGGUAAGGUGGGCUGCACACCGGAAGAUGAAAGUAACUGGGGUUAUCAUUCCGACAUCGACACAAUUCUAACAGAUAAGGACAACAAUGUUGUUUUCCCCGAAGAUCACAAUGCUACUUACUACCAGCUUCCUGGAUUUACAGGCAACUCCCCUGAACUGGUGUUAUCAUUCACCAUUCCACUGCUGGUGACCGCUGGUCAAGAAUAUCGGCUGUGGUACUGGGAAGACCUGGUCAACCACAACGACGAAAACAACAACCCGGGACCAUCCUGCAUGAAAGUUAUUUACCUUUUUAGCGAUUGACAUUCAAAAAUUACACGAGGAUUAGCUAAAACGCAGUCCAAAACGGGUCAGCGAGUCUAAACUUUUAGAAGCGUAAAAAAAAAUUAUUUAGGACUCUUUGUCAGACAGUAAAUAUGGUAAAGCACAAAAUCCGUCCAAUAGUGCUCGUCCUAAGGCGCAUUCUCUUCAAUUCUCGUAUGGCCCCCUUUACUCGGCUGUAACUGAUUUUGAAUACUUUUUUCACAAGCCCUCUCUUUUUGUUUGGCCAUUGCAUGCAGAAAGUCGCCUCCGAAAUUGUCCUCAUUUAUACAAAGCAGCUUUCCAGUCAUAUUUCAGAAGCGUGUUCCUAAGUUAGAGAGAGAGAAGAGAAAAACAAUCGCAGAAAUGAUAAAAAUAACUGUUGAAAAGACUUUGAUUCUUAAAUCUGCACGGAAGGUGUUCAACAACUUGUAAUAACCAACAAUUAUGUCAUAACUUUUGUCCUUGUCGCAUAACUUAAGCGACCUGAUGACACUCUGUCAAAUGAUCUUGUCCACAAUUAAUGGUCUUUGUGUAGUGUUCUAGUUCAGUAGCAAAGUGUUUUAGAGAACCGUUCCGAAGGAUCUCGAGACAAGUUUAUGUCUUGCGCCUUUCCGAAGGAUCUCGGUAUUAGUUUAUCCCUUGUUGUUUUCGUCCGACCAAUAACAAUUAAAAAAAUCAGAAACUUGUGAUUUUAUUGUCCACCAACUAUACACUAACGAGACAGUGGGGCCUUGUCUUCCAUAAGUACAGAGCUAUUCCUGAAACAUGGAUCACGUUUUUUUUCUUUUAGCAAUGAACCCUUUAACUCCCAAGAUCUGAUUGUGAAUUCUCCCCUCCAGCUUCUACACAUUUCCUUGUAAAUUACUUAAAAGAACUGAUGUUAGAUCAACAUAACAACUUCUAUAGGAAAAUUCAUUACUUGACGAUAUCGCGAUUCGUGCGAUAUCGGUUUUCGCGUGCAAUUUAAUGCGGAA